AUGGGUGCAAAAGUUCCUAGUCUCGCUGCUGCAAACUUGCUCGAUGGAGUUGUGGCCACUUCCAGCGCUCAUGAAACCAUUCAUAAAGACACGAUCGCCCGCAGAACCGAUGAAAUCUCGAUUCCAUCUUCCAAGGUCAGCCUAGAGCAAAGAAAUGAGAAAAGAAUCAUCGAACACCCAUGCGAAAUUACCCAUAAUGCUCAAAUUGGAGUGCAAAAAGCCGAAGCCACGGCCCUCGUGUGGUCGAAGACCGCGGUUUAUGCCAUUUACGCAUGGAUUUGGUUGUGCUUCUUUAUUCUUUCCAUGCAAGCCUCCAUCAGCGCCAACAUGGUCUACUACGCCUAUGCAGAUUUCGAAUCAGCCCCUCAGAUAUCCCAGGCCUUCAUCCUAUCAACCAUCAUUGCUGGAAUCAUUGCACUCCCCAUCGCAAAGAUUCUCAAUCUAUGGGGACGUGCUGAAGGUUUCAUUCUCUUUUUGGGCCUUUUCCUCAUCGGCUUCAUAACAAUGGCCUCGUGCGAUGGUCCAAAUAGCUUUGCAGCCGGAUAUACGCUCUAUAAUAUCGGGAACAACUCUAUCAACUUCAUAUUGACCAUAUUUGUCGCUGACGCAACGGGCCUACGGAAUCGAGCAUUUGCUUACGCAUUUAUUGGCACUCCUACCAUAUGUACCGCCUUCACCGGUCCGCUAGUUGCGCGGGCAUUUCUUAUUCAUUCUACGUGGAGAUGGGCCUAUGGUUGCUUCGCUAUCAUCGUGUUCAUCGUAUUCGUCCCUCUUGCCUUCGUGCUCAAGUUCUAUCAACGGAAGGCUGAAGACAUGGGCAUUUUUGUUGUGACCCAAAGUGAUCGCACAUCUUGGCAGUCAAUAGUGCAUUACUUUCAUGAAUUUGACUGCGUCGGCGGCUUUCUCCUGAUGGCUGCUUUCAUUCUUUUUCUGUUGCCCUUUAGCUUAGAGAUCUACGGCUACGGUGGUUACUUAUCGCCUACUUUUAUCAGCAUGGUUGUUAUUGGCAUUCUAUUAUUUCCCAUUUUUGCUGCAUGGGAGAAAUAUCUCGCCAGAACUCCCUUUAUUAAGUGGGAGCUGUUCAAGAAUCGCACUGUUGUUGGUGCCUGUAUCGUCUCCGCGGUCAUCUUUUUCAACUAUUACACGUGGAACCAAUACUACUAUUACUAUCUUCAGGUUGUCUAUAACUUGGACACGGCAAGAACUGGAUAUAUGACUCAAAUUUACGGCGUUGGAUCAACGAUCUGGGGUGUCAUAUUUGGUAUUUGGAUUCGUCAAACCAAACAUUUCAAGAAGAUUUGCCUCUUCUUUGGUGUUCCACUUUUCAUGAUGGGCGCAGGACUUAUGAUUCACUUUCGGGGAGCUGGCAGUGCAAUUGGCUAUCUAGUGAUGUGCCAAAUAUUCAUUGCCUUUGGAGGUGGUACGCUCGUUAUCGGCGAUGAAAUGGCUGCCAUGGCCGCCGCCGAUCGUGAAGGAAUUCCUAUGAUGAUUGCCUUGAUCAGCCUGGCUGGCAGUGUUGGAGGAUCAAUAGGCUACGCUGUUGCUGUCGCCAUUUACUCUAACACCUUCCCCGAAGCUUUGUUGAAUGCUCUUCCGGACGAGAAAAAGGCUGACUAUGCUACUAUAUACCUUGGAGGUUCCGCAGCACAGCUCGUUUAUCCCCCCGGCUCUAUUACUAGGGAUGCGAUCAACCAUGCGUGGGCAUAUAGCCAGAAGUUUGAGUGCAUCGCCGCUUGUGUCAUUGUUAUCCUUGCUUUCCCCGCAGUUGCUAUGUGGAAGAACUACAAUGUGGACAAGAAACAGGUCAAGGGUAUCGUCAUUUAA